AAUAUGACACCAGCAAGACAGCAAGCUUAAUCAUCUCAGACGAGGCUCGGGCACUGGAAGAGAGGUGACGCAAGGAGGACGAGAGGAAAACUGUCUGCUUAUUUCUGCUUCUACUGCCUCACCUGCUGUCCUUCCACCCUGCUGCUGAAGAUGGUUUGGUUCUCCCUCCAGCCCGUCCGUCAUGGAAUCUAGGCCCUUGACACGACAUGGGGCCAUGACAGGCGGCGCGACCUCUCACAGCAGGCACCCCAAUUACCAGGCACUCUCCCAGCCCUCUCACUCCUCGGUGGCCACCCCGGGACCCAGCAGAGACCACCCCCCUGACACCUUGGACAGCCCAGUACAGUUUGAAGACAUGGAUGAGGCGGGACCAGCACACCAGAUUACAACAAACAGCUCGACAGCCAACCUCGCAGCCCUGGACGCAGAGGAGCAGGAAUUUCAGGGCAUUGGGCAGUAUGACGACUUCCACACCACGGAUUGGCAGCGGGACAUUGCCAGGGACCGCAUGAGGCACCGCUACAUUGCCAAGAAGAAGGAGGAGAGUGUGUGGGACUGGAUCAAAAGUGGACACGAUGCCUGGUCUGGUUGGCUCUGUGUGUUCCUGGUUGGGGUCAUUGCCGGUGCGGUGGCGGGCAUGAUUGACAUUGGCACCAGCUGGAUGAGUGACCUGCGGUUCGGUGUUUGCCAGCAAGCGUUUUGGUUCAACCAGGAACAGUGCUGCUGGUCAUCCAAUGAGACCAUCUAUGGACCAAACAACUGCUCCCAUUUCUUCCUGUGGCCUGAGGCGUUUGGUGACUCCCGAGGCGCAGGAGGCUACAUAGUGUCAUAUAUCUUCUAUGUGCUGUGGUCGCUGCUGUUCGCCUCCCUCGCUGCGUCGCUGGUCAUGAUGUUUGCCCCCUAUGCGUGUGGCUCGGGGAUUCCUGAGAUUAAGACAAUUCUGAGUGGCUUCAUCAUCCGUGGUUACCUUGGCAAGUGGACCCUGCUCAUCAAGUCACUGGGAAUGAUUCUAGCUGUGUCUGCCGGCCUGUCUCUUGGCAAGGAAGGGCCUCUUGUGCAUGUCGCUUGCUGCAUAGGUAACAUCCUCUCGUACAUGUUUCCGAAAUAUGGCAAGAAUGAGGCCAAGAAGAGAGAGGUGCUGUCCGCCGCUGCUGCUGUGGGCGUGUCUGUGGCCUUCGGAGCGCCCAUUGGAGGAGUGCUCUUCAGCCUGGAGGAGGCCUCGUAUUACUUCCCACUAAAGACACUGUGGCGGUCGUUCUUCGCUGCGCUGGUUGCUGCGUUUGUGCUGCGUUCCAUCAACCCCUUUGGCAACGAACAUCUGGUGCUGUUCUACGUGGAAUACAACAAACCGUGGAUAUUUAUAGAGCUUGUGCCGUUCAUCUUGUUGGGGAUCAUUGGGGGCAUCAUCGGCACCCUGUUUAUCAAGUUUAACAUCCGAUGGUGUCGUUACCGCAAGACAUCCAUGCUGGGGCAGUACCCGCGCCUGGAGGUGGUGGUUGUGACUCUCAUCACUGCCGCCAUAGCUUACCACAACCCCUACACCAGGAUGAACACCUCAAACCUCAUCUAUUUAUUGUUCUCCCAGUGUGGUGUGGCUAAUACUGAUAGCUUGUGUGACUACCAGCGUAACUUCACCAGCGCCAACACAGCCAUCGAGAUCGCAGCGGCUGGCCCAGGGGUGGUGCGUGCUGUGUGGCUGCUGGCGCUGGCCCUAAUAUUCAAGUGUGUGGCAACAGUGUUCACCUUUGGUCUCAAGGUUCCCUGUGGUCUGUUCAUCCCUUCACUAGCUAUGGGGGCUAUUAUUGGCAGGCUGGUGGGCAUUGGCAUGGAGCAGCUGGCCUACCACAACCAGGACUGGGCAGUGUUUGCUGGGGAGUGUAGCACCGGCGAGAACUGCAUCACCCCCGGCCUGUAUGCCAUGGUGGGCGCUGCGGCAGUGCUGGGCGGCGUUACCAGGAUGACAGUGUCGCUGGUGGUGAUAAUGUUUGAGCUGACGGGUGGCGUGAGAUACAUCGUUCCCCUCAUGGCUGCAGUAAUGGCCAGUAAAUGGAUUGGCGACGCGUUUGGCCGGGAGGGGAUUUAUGACGCACACAUCAUACUCAACGGCUACCCAUUCCUGGAUUCAAAGGAGGAGUUUAGCCACACGACUCUUGCCCAUGAUGUUAUGCGGCCUGGGAAAAACGAGUCAUUCUACGUGAUCACCCAGGACAGCAUGACCCUGGAUGACGUGGAACAGCUGCUGCGAGAGACGGACCACAACGGCUUCCCUGUGGUGGUCAGUCGGCAGUCACAGUACCUGGUGGGCUUUGUGGCAAGACGGGACCUGAAUAUUGCCAUCAGUCAAGCCAAGAAGAACACUGAGGGCAUUGUUGGAGAGUCUCUGGUCCUCUUCACCUCCUCUGUCCCGUCACCAUGGAUGGGACCGCCACCCCUUCGCCUGCGCAAGAUCCUGGACCUGGCCCCCAUCACUAUCACUGACCAGACCCCUAUGGAAACCGUUGUGGACAUGUUUAGGAAAUUAGGGCUGAGACAGACACUGGUAACUCAUAAUGGGCGCUUGUUGGGAAUAAUCACCAAGAAGGACGUUCUGCGCCACAUCAAGUUUCUGGAGAGUGAAGACCCGGAGUCUGUCCUCUUCAACUGAACCACCACCACCACCACCGCCACCACCGCCACCGCCACCACCGCCACGGCUAU